AUGAAUGAUUUCUUAACGCGCUGCAGGGAUGAUUACCGGGUUGGAUUAACACAGAAUGUAGGUAUCUUAAUAUAUACGGUGUGAUGACAACAUGAACUCUAACUGUUUGACAUGAAUGUAUUGGGUGAUUCGAUCAUGGUGUUGUCAUAACAAAUCUCUGCAAAUCUAAGUACUUGAACAUUGUAAAUGACAGGAAAAAGAAUGGCUGCGGACGUUUUAUUAUGAUGUGGAAAAAUGCAUCCGACAAAAUGAAAGCGAAGCAGAGUUCGUCGAAGUAUGCCUGGCUGUGCUGCGUCAAAUCAAAGAUUUACGCAGUGUUGGAGAUGCAGAAGAUUAUCCAGACUGGCUUCCUAUCAGUCAGCAAGUUGUACCUCUUAAUACGCUAUUUAGCAAUGAUGUGUGUGGAGGUUCUUUGUGUAGUCUAUUAGCUGAAGAAUGUUCAAUAUCAGGUAAGUGAAAUGUACUUCAACUGUAUACUAAGGGGAGUGGGGGGGGGGGUAGUUCAACAAUGUACAAUUGGUGUAAGUCAUUCUUUAUUUACUGAUUAAGACACACUUUAAGUAUAUGAGUUGUACUUGUCAAGCUACGUAAGUUACUAAAGAACUAAAUAACUUUCUAUCAUCUUAUAAAUCACCAAAAGUACUGUUAGAGAGCAUACUAAUCAGUCAAUUGAUAUCCUACAAUUGCAGCAUAUACUUCUCACAGUUUUUGUUUUUGCAUGGUGAAUGAGAAGGAUAUAUAUUGGUGUGUAGUCAGAUUAAACUGUCAGUGAUGGAAAAUGCCUUUGUAAUUUUUUUUAACUUGUUUGGGUGGAGACCUAUGUUUUUUCCUGUUUAAUGACCUACUUAUUCUGAAAUUCUUGAUAUUAAUAUUAUGUAAUUAGUAAUAUGUAGAAUAUGUAAUGAGAAAUACAUAUUCUUUAUUGCAGAAUACAAGUUUGCUUCUAAAUUGCCUUUUAUUCUCUUGGGAUAUUUAACCUCACAACCCAAGUCUUUAAAAUCCAGAAAAGCUUCAGGCACUUUGUAUGUAGAGGACAACUUCACUGCAGUUGUUUGUGAGGUGGGAGUUGUUUUUGGUUUUCUAAUUAUUGCAGUAUUAAUGUAUAUAAUCAAUAUCACAUGUCAAAAGUUAACAAAUCCUAUGCUGAUGGCUCCUUCUCAUUGACAUUUUAAUUUGAAUUCUUCCAGAUAAUAAAUCCCAGUGAAGAUUACCUUGAGAAACUUUUACUCAUCCCUCACUGGAACUAUGUUCCCUCAUCAUCUUCAUCAGCAGUUAAGGAAGGUGAGGUUUUUCAUGAAGCCAAUCAGUAUGGUCAGAUUUAUUUACAUGUAGCAGAUCAUGUGUUCUAUAGGUGACCUUGGUUUAUGUAUUGGUCUGUAUAAUCUAUCUUAGCCCAUAGUCACUGGAAAUAAAAUCAGUUGGGGGAUAGUCGGUGGAUUCAUAGUUGAUCAGUAGUGAUUCAAUAUUUUGCCAAUAGCUGGCACAUAGUCAAUCGCUGGUUGACAACUAAAAUGUAAGCUGACCAAUAUCUUGAUGUUCCUGUAGCUGGCCAAGAUGUGGGUUGGGAUAGCAGCUGGCUAUCAGUUGAGUAUUGACUGAGGGUUGAUUGACCAUCAGUGUACCUGUGUAUUCUCUCACUGAACAGCUACAGGCAUUAAAAGCAAGAAAAAGUGCAUACAGUCAAAACUUGUAUUAAAGGGUUACCCACUCGGGAUAGUGGAGUGACUGCUUAAUACAGGUUCCACAGAUUAGGGGUAUUAUAAGAGACCAAUACCACAACUGACCACUUACUGUGCAGAAUCAAGCUCAAAAAUACAACUUUGAGUUUGAGAGAGAAACAUGGAUUAAAAAUUACUCAAGAUUGUUAUUAGUUUUGUUUUGAGUGGUUUGGCUUUAAAGGGUAUUCAAUAGAGGUGGAUGGAAAUACAAACAGGCCUUUGGGACUUGGUAGAGGAUGAAUGUGACUGCUUGAUAUGGAUGAUUGCUUUAUGGAAGUGAAACUUACAGUGAUUAAUUUGGGACUUCGCCAACCAACUGCCUAUUACAGGGUGCUGCAUAGGUUCAACUGUAUACAUACAUAUAGGCUUUUUGCUUUCAAAAAAAUUUGUCACUAAUGUGUGGAAAUGGUGAUUUUAACUCUGCUUUAUUCUUGUAUGUUCAUUUUCAGAUGUAAAGAAUGGUCAUGGUGGUUACCUUGAGAUCAUCAACACAGGCACACCAAUUGUUGUUACUAAAACAAAUGUAGCUGAUAACAAACUCUCCACAAGUUAUGUUUUAAGUGUCAAAGAGUUUCAGGAACAAGGAAGGUACUUUACCAUAUGGUAUAUUAGGGUGGCAAUUCCUUGAUCAUUUAGAGAAUUUAGACAUUUCAUCUACUUAUUUUAUAUGGGUGGAGUUGAAAUAAGAUGUUGAUCAAAAUGACCAUACAUGUAGUUAAUGAUCCAUUUGUACAUCAGUAUUUAAUUAAGGAGAACAUUUUUAAACUAAGCUAGUAGAAUAAUGGAUGCCCUGAUAUGAGGUUGUGAAAGGAAGGAGUUGAGCCAAGGUGGACUUUGAUUUAUUGUGCAUCAAUUUGUGCAGCAGCUUUUCUUUUUCUCCACAGCUCAACAAUCAACUUGAAUAUACAAGGAUCCAUUUUUGCACUGAGCCCAAUUCACAGGUAAUUUUGUCCACACUAGUUCCAGAUUGCAAUUUUUGUUGGUGUUAAAUUGUCAGCAAAAAAGGUGAUGAAAUAGUGAAGUUGUCUUCUUGGACACUCAUCACACUCUUCAAUUCUCUAUCCACUGACUUGCAUUUGAUGGUCUGUGAUAGUGAUUGUUUUCUGUCUUGAUAAAAUGUAAUUUUAAUAUUGGUUACUAAUAAUCAAUCUUUCCUUACAGCAUGAGUGUUGGCAAGCCUUUCUUUUUGGUCAAAAUUUUCUGCACUGAGACAAGCCUGACAACUUCCUUGGUGAUUCAGGUACUGUGAGCCUUCCUUUUUCUCUUUUCCAUGGAGGGAGGGGAGGGGGGAGGCGGAGUUAUGCUUGGUAACAAAUAUUUUAUCAUUUGAUCAACAAAUGUGGGUAACUGGUAAUUUUUCAGUUUUUUUACUAUUAAUUUCCUUUAUCUUCAUUUACACCCAACUAUUGAUUUUUUUUUGACUGUCUCCUUUCUUUUUCUCCCUUCCCAUAUUGAUAUUUAAGAUAUGAUGUAAGCUUUCUUUGCAGACUCGAUAAAGAAAGCAGUGAGAUGUUCAGAGCUGACUUGGCGAGGAAUUUUCUUUUAGGGUGAACAGUUUAUGUUGUGGCACAAUUUUCUUCAAAUCAAUGAGCAGUAUGUGUUCCAUAACCUGAGAGAAACUACAAUGAACAAGGUAUUUUAAGUACGUUUUUUGUAAUACAAUGCCAAGGGAUUAUCAAUGAUCUUGGAAAAAUACUGUUGUAAUUGAUGCAUGUGCGUGAAAUUCUCCUUCAUUACAUAGGAAAGUAGGUUUCAGAAACAGAAGUUUUACGUACAUUUACUGUACAUUAGUAGAAUGUUCACUCCGUGGGCAUCCCAGGGACUUUAAAAAGUGCAUGUUUGUUUCAUGUACAUUUAAUGUACAUCAGAGUAACAUUAAUUCAGGGGAGAUCCGAGGGACUCGAAAAGUGGCCCUUGAACAGAUGUGUUCCUUAAAUAUAGUUAACAAAUACAAAGGUUGAUGAAGCCACUUUCUCCGAUCGGAAUUGACAUUUUUGCCUCCUAAGUUGCCCUAUGAAUAGAAUUAAUAGUAGCGUAGUAAUAUAUUAAAAAUGAGAGGUCUCACUAAGAAACGUGAUGCCUGAUCUGUAUGUCUUCUACAGGGAACACGAAACGAAAGAAAGAUCCUUGCCACUACACGCCGUUCAGACUUGAGGAAAUUCCGACCAAGAAACGUGAAACGAACUCACGAAGACGAACAGGUACUAAAGAACAAUCAAACAAGCUUCACUUAAAACUUAAUCUGCACAAAAUUGUAGAGGUGAAAGUAACUGAAUGGCAAGUAAAAAGUAAAAGAAAUUAUAUUUGAUUUUAACAGUUGAAAGCUGGUAUUCAUCCAAACCAAUAAACGAAGCUAAUGUGAAUAAUAAACACAAAUACGGUAACUUUUCAGAGAGCAUCGAAGCGGCCAAGAAUCUCAAAGGAAAAAGAUGAGGUCCCGAAUAACCGUAGAACAUUUUCAAGUCAUAACGUCGCGAUGAGGUCAGCAGAAACCAACCCGGCUGAGGCAAAAAAUUCACAGCCAGAAAAACCAAAGAUACCGGUCAAUAUAACGUACACGGCAAGUAGUACCCUGGUGUUGCCCCUUUGAAUUUUCUAAGGGAACAUUUUUAUGGCAUUCUUAAUUUGUCAUUUCUAGUUCUCUUCAAAGGAAUAUAAGAAGCAGACAAAAGAUAAAUGGAAAAAGAUAAAAUGUGUCGGGCAAAAUAAGAAAGCUCUUCAUUCAAGAAAUUUAGAUACAUAUACAGUACUUCAUACCCCCUGCAGUUGCAUUGAAAAGACGUAUUUCCUUUAAGAUCUUGUUCAACACUUUUAGGGCGUUAUCACAGGAUGCAUCAACCGUGAAGCUGGAGUUUUUGAACUGGACAAUAAAAUAAGGUAAAAGGUCUUUUACAUAACUUCUUGAAAAGCAACUUGAGUUACAAUAUUGCGCUCGACAGCUUACCGAGUCCUGUUAUCUUUCGUUUCUGUGAUGUCCUUGUAAUUUCAUAAACACCGAUACAUGUUUAUGCGUAAUGAAGUUGUAAUUUGAGCUAAAAUUGUCCUUCGUUUUGUAGGCUGUAUAUAAGUCACCAGCCUUCUAUGAAUCUUGGUCGCGGUUUGCGUGUUGGGGCUCACGUGACAGCUUACAAUGUACACUUGUGUAAGAAAGGGAAGGUAGGCUAUUUCAUUUUGCUACGUAACAUUUUAUUAAAUUUGAUUACAAAAACUGCAAAGGUUUUUUUUUUAUAAAGAGGGAGGUCUCACAUUAAAGGGCAUCAGUAAACUUUGUUUAAAAAGGUGUAGCUAAGCUGCAUUUUCCCUAAUUUUCUCAUCGUUCCAGAGAACUCUUGGCCUGUGCUGCUGCACACAGAGUACUUUGCGGGUGGUGAAGUUCUCUCCUCUAGCUUCACCUUGGAAGGUACAUGUAUAUAUUUAAAGACUGAAUUAUAUAUAAGUCGUAUAUCCCUUCAAUUUACCUGAAGACAAAAAUAUGUUUCAGAUCUACUUUCAAAUUUCCCGUCUUAAGACCUGAAUGGAGGGCAGUUUUCAGGAACAAGAUUUUACUUGGGUUGAGAAAAUGCGAGCACGAAGAGUGGGGGAGGGGGUAGGGUGGGGUGUGCAGCGUAUCGAGUUCUGCAGUUUCCAUGCGCAGUAUCACAAACUGGAAACUUAUAAUCCUUUAUAUUUUAUAUUUCUUCGUGAUAUAGCCUUUUAACCCAUGUGAGAGUCCCUUGGCUUUACUUGGACAAAAUCUCACUCUGGGUGAUUAUGUGGACCUGCUCGAGAUGUGCCAAAAAGUUUUGGAUAAAUUCUCUCCCCUCUACAGGUAAUACUAUGUCAUAUCAAGCGUUAGAGUUUAAUGUCCAGCAGUGAAAGGCAAGUGACCAGAGUUCAUUGUGAUCGCAUGCGACGAGACGAUAUUUCUGAAAGAAAUCACGAAGCUAAGAUUUAAGAAUAUAAUGCGAGCAAAUCUUGUAAUAAUGUUAUCGCCCAGAAAAACGUUAAAAUCUUUUGCGUCUCUCUUUGUAGGACUAGGCAGCUUGUCGCUUACUCUGUUAAACAGAGCAGGUAGGUGGAUUUUCCAUUUUAUUUUAUACCGUAAGCUGUAAGGACGAUAUGACUACUAUACCAGGGUCAUAAAGGAUUUUGCGAUAAAAGGCAACUUUUUCCCCUAAUGUUUGAUUGUUUUAGUUAUUGCGUGAUCUAUUUAUUGUGUAGCUCACAACUGUAGAAUGUAAAGUCGACCUUCGAACUUCAAUCGAGAAAGAGUGCACAGACAGCGUUUAAGAUGUUUAAAGAUUAUAAUAAAGGAUGUAUUUUGUAUAGGCUACUUCUGUUGCAGAAUAAUAUUUUUGACGAUGCUUUUUUCUUUUCUCUGUUAUGUAAUGCUAUAUAAUUUACAGAAAAGAAAAAGGAGAUUUCCCGAAAGAGAGUGUAUUGGAAUUGUUGCUUUCCUUCGUAAAACGCAACUCGGUUACUUCAAAUGCUCCUUCAAGAAACAUUUAUGAUGAGUUCUUUGAGGUGCCGCAUGAUUGUCACCCAAAUCAUAGCAGUCUACUAACUUUCCCCUGGCUCCCCACAAUCAAAGAGUUCCUAGACACUGUUAGUCAGAUAAGCAGUAAGAAGCCUUGGUUGAGUGGAUUGCCUGGCAGAACAACAUCAUCGACACAGGAGAAGGAAGAAUGGACGUACAAAAUUUUGAGUCAAGAAAGCUUCAGUCGUCCGUUGGUAAGAUAACGUUUUGGGAGUGUGUGAGAUAUCAUUUUAUAUAUUUUCCUGGGAAUCCUUUCUAACCUGGAAUUGAGUUUUGCAUCGGCAGCGUCACACAAAGUGUUUAUAUGUGUUUAUUUUUAUUUAUAUUGUUUGAUGCUUCGCGUUCUCCACGUUUUUGAACUUAUGGAGAUGCAGGGCAGUUAGUGAGUGCAGUAAAGAUUAAAACUUCAGGCGUUUCUUCAACCGAUAUUUUCCAUUCAGUUUCGCUUGCAUUAAUUUCCCCUGUGUAUUGCAGGGUGCACUUUCCAUCUGAAGAGGAAGGUUGCUUUUUUGUCUCUAAUGGAGUUCUCUUUUUGUUCGUAGAUUCUGGGUGGUUGUCUCGGGUACUCUUCAAAAACUGGCCGGUUGCGCUUGCUUGAUCAAACGGGAGAAAUCAACUGCAUAAUUGCAUCCAAAGACGAAAAACUCACAGAACAUGACUGUGCAAAACACUGUUUCCAGAAAUCUAUUGUCGACGAUCAGUGUUCACGUUGUCCCUAUUCACAGAUCUGGAGUGUAAAUGCAGCGAUUCAAAUCAAUACGUUUGAGGUAGUUAUGGAGAAAUUUCAUUCGAGAGGUCUUGUUCAGGAAGAUUUGGGUGAAGAUCGAAAUCGAUUAUACGUGCAGUUCUCCUUUGACGAUACAGAAACCUUGAUUCCUAAAGACAAGGGUAAGGCGAAUAGAUAUUAUGGAAAAAGGACAAACACAUUUGAAGCUGGCACAAAGGAUGCAAGCUUAGAAAGGGAGCUCAACAGAAAUCUUGAAAGUAAAAGUGAUUGUUUUAUAUGCAAGGUUAUUUUUAUGGUUAGGAACUGCGAAGUGGCAGUGCUCCGACGAUUGAGAGAGGAAGUUUGCUAUCCUUGUGGUGUGGAAAUAAAAGUUGUCGCCGUUUGUAAAAGAAGAACUCAAGACAUGUCUGAGACAGAAAAAGCCGUUCCCUGCUGUUCAAAUUUCACUCAAUUUCUCUCGGACUUCAAGCUUCAAAAGAAGACCGCAUCUCUAAAACUUGAGAGGAAGAGCUUGUACUUAGCCCACGUUCUUCAUCCAGGAUGUUUCUACGUCUUGACUGAGACAGUCCUUGACGAAAAACAGUCCCAUUUGAUACAAAAUGGAGACGUAGAAGUACUGAUUAGUGUUAGCUCUGAUAUGCUUUUGGAGAGAAUAUGCUGGUGUGAAAGUUGUGACUUUAACUCGCCAAAGAAAACAGAAAGCAGCUGUGAUAUUAUCAAGGCACUUAAUGGUUUGAAGGAAGAUUUCUUGAAGAAUGAUACUCUGCUUAGUGUGGAUUCUGUUCUUGGUGAAGGAACCUUUACGGGAGUGAACGGCAACGAGAAGUCUCUAAAGCAAAGGUAUAAGAAUGAAUUAUGCAGCUUAGCUACUGUACUUCGUCUCAGCGCAUGCACAUCAACUCUGUAAAUGUGUUAGUGAUUUUCAUCAAUGGUUUCUCGAAUGCUGUUCAACGUGAUGGGUUUUUAGACAGGGAACGCCAAUUCUAUUUUUUCUAGCACUCUGUCUUUCUGUUUCUCUUCAUAGCUCUAAUGCUCGAAAGAUCCGAUGUAAAAAUCUUCACAGGGGCUAAUUUACGUUAUCAACUCAGCUGAUAAUCUCAAAUUACCCUAUCUCCUUGCAGCACACAAGUGAGUUUCCAUGGGCUGAUUGUUAGCCGAGAUCUGCGCCAGUCAGACUGUCCUAGUCAGCGGCUUCCAAAUGAUCUGGUGGAACUGCCUAAGUUUGGUCCAGUUAAGAUGUCAGCUAUAAAAGAUCUACAGCUGGGCUUUACUCUGUUAGAAAACAAGAUCAUACAGCUGAGAGUGCGUGACUUGCGGUCAUCAAAUACCAUAUCUGUUUACCUGGACUUCAGACGAACCACUUACGUUGAUGGAAUUUUACCUGGUAAGUAUUGUACACUUGUAUUUAUAGCAAUCGCAACAUUUUCGAAUCCUGGAAGUUGUCGGCGACAUUGCACUAUCUUUGGCUUAAAAUUAGAAGAUCUUUUUUUUUCUUCUUGUUAUCAUCAGGCGCCGUUGUCCGAUUCCGAAGGUUGGUGAGAAAAUUCUCCCAAACCAGAAACAUGUACUGCACAUUUGAGGCUUGUUCUUCAAUUUUCGUGGAAAGACGAGCAGCAAAUAACUCAGUUACCAGCAUCCAGCCGACCCCACAUUAUUCACUCAACGUUGCAGCAUGUGCAUCUGGUGAAGCGCGCACCAAAGAACUUCCAAAUCAAUUUCUUUUCAGACUCAUUCAGAGCGAAGCACAAGGGAGGUUUGUUCAGACCAUUUCACGUGUAUGUUGCCGAGUAAUCGCUGUGCAGAGGGCGAGCCUGCGAUGGCUUUGUAAACGAUGCGGUGAACUGGUAGCUAGAAACGAGUGUGCCGCCUGUUGCUUCAGCUCCUCGGGAUCUAGGCUCAGUGCUGAAGCCAGGUAAUGUUUCAAUCACGUAACGCGUUUAGUCCACCGAAGGACGAGCCAAGAUAUUAAGAGGAUUUCAGUGAUUGAAAUUCUCACCUUGUUUUUCUUACAGAUGUGUUGUAGAAGACGGUACAGGCGAAGCUCAGGUUUACGUGUAUGACGACCUGGUGCCCACGUUAUUGAAACUUUCCAGUCAGCAGUGGCGUCAUCUUCAGGAUUUGGCUAUGCGCACUGGCGAGUUACUGUACCAGCGACAUUGGUAUGGUGCACGCAGGCGUGUGAAGGUAAAUUAGUUUAAUUCGUCGAAAAACUAAUUGACAAAUUGGAAGAAGGUUAACUCGCGUUGUUUUUCUCAAUUUUAAGAUCAAUGAGGGAAGCUUGUCCAGAGAAGCAGGAGCCAAAUUGAUCUGGGAGAAUCAUUGUGUUUCAUCUCAAGUCUCACGGCGAGUCGUGCUGUAUUGUAAAUUGUUUCGCUUUAAGAAGAAUGGGGCUAACAACACGGAACAAGGUGAGAAACUCGUGUUGCAAUUUGUUCUUAAGGAAAGUUUGCCUAAUGCAGUUAUUAAGACGUGACAUUGGUAAGUGCGGAAAGAGAACAGAACAGCCAUGAAAUAUUCCUGUAAAUAAUUAGAUUUUUUUUUCAAGCGGUGUUGUUAUCUGAUAUGUCUUAUUCUUGUUCCAGGUUACGAGUCUCGUAGUAUUACUGUGGGUUCCACAGAACACUCUACUCUCGUGUUACCCAAACUGCUCUUAAGAGCUAUAUCCAUUACCGAGGUUUGCGCAACAGAGGAAAUUCGACAACUGCUUCAACAGGAAAGAAAUGGACUUCGGUGA